CAUUUGUCUCCCCUCCCCAGCCCCCGCCCUCCACCGAGGGCGGGGCGACGAGCAGGGUUCCCAUCAUUGUUCUCCAGCGGGGCUCGGGUCUCGGUCCUGGUCCUGGUCCUGGUCGUGCGGUCCGCCGGAAGUCGCUCCCAAGCUAGGGGCCCCCUCCCCGUCGGUGCGACCCCAGCCUCGCGCCCCGGAAGCGAUCGGCGGCGGCGGUGGCGGCUGCCAGGAGGAGCCCCGAGCUGUCUGGCCCCGGUCCCGGCCCCGCAGCAGCGGCGGCGGCGGCAGUGGCGGCGGCGGCCUCAGCCUCACCCCGGCCGGCCGCGCGUGCGUGCCCGCCUCCGCUCCCCGGCCGGCUGCAGGGUUGGAGACAGUGACCAUUUUGAUGUCUUAUCAAGCUUAUUAAAACAACGUUGUGCACAUAAAAGAUUCUUCUUUCCUCCUGGGAGACUUCCAUAACCAAAGAUGGCGGCAAAUAAGCCUAAAGGGCAGAAUUCUCUGGCUCUGCACAAAGUCAUCAUGGUGGGCAGUGGUGGCGUGGGGAAAUCUGCUCUGACUCUACAAUUCAUGUACGACGAGUUUGUGGAAGACUAUGAGCCGACCAAAGCUGACAGCUACCGGAAGAAGGUGGUCCUGGACGGGGAGGAGGUGCAGAUCGACAUCCUGGACACGGCGGGCCAGGAGGACUACGCCGCCAUCAGAGACAACUACUUCCGCAGCGGGGAGGGCUUCCUGUGUGUCUUCUCCAUCACUGAGCUGGAGUCUUUUGCAGCAACUGCUGACUUCAGGGAGCAGAUUUUAAGAGUCAAGGAGGAUGAGAACGUUCCCUUUCUUCUAGUUGGUAACAAAUCAGAUUUAGAAGAUAAAAGACAAGUUUCUGUAGAAGACGCAAAAAACAGAGCUGAUCAGUGGAAUGUCAACUAUGUAGAGACCUCGGCCAAAACUCGUGCUAACGUCGAUAAGGUAUUUUUUGAUUUAAUGAGGGAAAUUCGAGCUCGGAAGAUGGAAGACAGCAAAGAGAAGAAUGGAAAGAAGAAGAGGAAAAGCUUGGCCAAGAGGAUCAGAGAGAGAUGCUGCAUUUUAUAAUCCCGGCCCAAACUUCUUCCUUGUCUUGACCACACUAAUAAAUAUAAUUUAUAAGCAUUGCCAUGGAAGGCUCAAAUGACUGAAAUUACUUUCGCAUUUUGGAAAUGGUCACGUAUCACUCACAGCAUGAACCGGAACUGCCCUGAGGAACGCAAAGGAUUAAUGUGGCUUCACCACGAAGCGGCGUUCGGCCCAUUUCAUUAUUGCCUCCAUGAUCACAGCUCCGGAAUGUAGAGGGAGGGAGGGAGGGGGCGCGAGGGGGGGGCGCGUGCGUGAGGGAGGGGCGCAUGUGCACGCGGGGGCCUCACGGGCAGUGAUUCCUGAGCUGUUCUAAUAAAGGUGGGGUGGGUGGGGGUGGUGGAGGGAGCGUUCAUUUUAUACCAUUUAUCAAGUCUCGGAUCUACUGCCUUGAGAAACGAUGAUUGUCAACGGGAUGGCUGAGAGAGUAACGGGCGUCCGGCUGAUUUCUGGAAAAGGAUCGGCCCUGCGCCCGUGAGCUGCCUGGAUCUAAUGCCUGGGGGGUCCCGGAGAGAAAGGCGGGCCGCCAGCUUGCAUGGGGAGAUGCUGGAACACGCCUUAACUUAAAAUCUGGAGACUGGCAGGCCGCGCCCAGUUCUGAGCCCGUUCUGCCCGAAUCCCGGAAGUCCUGGACGUUCUCUCGGUGCGCCGGAGCGGGAGGAGGCCACUUGUGAUGGGGAUGAUCCUGGCCGAGGAGCCGGGCUGGUCUGCUCCCUGGUGGAAGGCCGGCCACCCCGCUGCUUGGAAUCCGGGGCCAGUCACAUCGAGUCGGAAGGCAGAGGGUCUGCAGGGUCGGAGAGGAGCCGUUCCUGCCGCGGCGAGUCCGGCCAGGCCCCUCUUGGGAGAACCUCCUCCUCCGUGGGGCCCGGGACUUGGCCGUGAGUAAGUCACAAGCCACCCUUCAGAGUCCGGUUCGCGGGCCUGGUACCCGAGCUGAGGCCCCUGAGGGGAAGGUCCUCCUGGCCGCCGGUCACUCCCUGAGCGCACACGGACCCAGGAACCCCGGCGUGGCGCGCUGGCGUUGGCGACCCGCAGAGCCGGCGGGGUCUGGGCGUGCUCGCUGACGAAGAACACCCGGCACCUCCUCGUCCUCGCAGCUGGUAUCAGCAAACUCACCUUCCAGAACCUGCUCUGGCAUCUGCCCCCCAGUCUGAGCGCGCCCCGAGGCGGACGGGCCCAGUGUGGAGAUCCGAGAGGGUCGGAACCAACGGUGCAGAAAGCUUCUGGAGCGAGCCGUCCACGGCAGACUCGAGACGCGGCAUUUGGCUUGUCACGGUAACCAUGUCACGCAGGGGUUGUGUGUCCAUCUUCCAUUUCCUAGGCUAUCCCAUGUGCAGAAUUAAAGUUCCUCUUGUAACCACGGCCAGGACGCCGGUCUGUCUUCAUGUUACUCAUUUCAGUCUUACCGAACCAGGGAACCUAACCACUAACAUCGGGACUUUGCUUCGACCUUUAUCUGGGUACCGAGGUGCUAUGAAGCCGGGGGACACUGAGACUUCCUUUGUCUUAGGCUGAUGCCAUUACCCAAUUCUUUUACUUGCAAUUUGAGCCAUUUAAAGACCAAUAAACUUCUGGUUUUUUAAAAAAAAAA